CCAGGAGCGCCCAUGCGCAGACGCGUGGCCACAGGCUGCGGGUCAGUGUUCGUAGGCUGCAUGUUAGGGCCCGCAGGCUCCUACCUGGCCGCCGACACCAAUAACCUACAAGGAGGAGCUUUACCACUGACUGUACUACUGCUACCUGCGCGACUUGCCAGCCUGCGGCGUAGGGCGCAGCAAGGGCCUGACGCUGAGCGAGCAGGCGCUGCGCACCAAGCGGCUGUCGCCUGGAGGGCACAAGCACAAGGUCGGGCAGAAAGAAGCUCCUCAGUGGCCACCGCAAGCCCGCUAGCUCCGGCUGCAGCCCUUGCCGCACACUCGCGUCACCUGAGCCUGUGUAGGUUACCGAAGGACCUGUUCAAAGUAUUUUCUGUAACUCCAAUUGUAACUUGGUUCUAGGAGGAGAGAAUCCAUGUUUGGUCAACAGAACUUUUCGCUGUCACUGAAGUUUACUGCUUCAGUAUCUUUUCCUUACUAAUUGAUUGUUAAUUAAGUAGUGUCCAAGUGAGUAGCCUUUUUAGGGUUUAUUAAUUAAAAGAGAGCAGCAAGAGUGGCA